AUGUGGUGGUCGUAUCGUAUAUUUUCGUUUUGUAGGCGUUUUAUUUAAUUCUAAAUAAAUAAAAAAAUAAGACUACUACCAUGGGUACGACAGGGCAGUCGAUCACGUUGGCCAACAGUAUUAUAGGUGUCGGGAUCCUGGCGAUGCCGUUUUGUUUUCAAAAAUGUGGAGUUUUACUGGCUACACUAAUAUUACUGUCGAUGGGGCUCGUGUCCAGACUCUGCUGCCACUUUCUGCUCAAGUCUGCACUUCUGGCUCGAAGGAGAAACUUCGAAUUUCUGGCAUUCCAUGUGUUUGGGCCAGCGGGCAAGAUGGCAGUGGAGCUGGGCAUUAUCGGCUUCCUCAUUGGCACCUGCAUAGCUUACUUUGUGGUUGUUGGAGACCUGGGACCGCAGAUUAUUGCUAAAAUGUUUAAUAUCAAUCAGAGUGAUAUACUCAGAACCUCCAUAAUGGUGAUAGUGUCGCUGGUAUGUGUGCUGCCCCUCGGUCUUCUAAGGAAUGUGGACAGCUUGAGUAAUGUUAGCGCAGCCACCAUCGGCUUCUACUUCUGCUUGGUUAUAAAGGUGAUAUCAGAAGCGACGUCGCAGCUCCUGACGGCAGAGUGGGGCUCCGUGGAGCAGUGGAGGCCGCAGGGCGUGUUGCAGUGCGUGCCCAUUUUCUCUAUGGCGCUUUUCUGUCAGACGCAAUUGUUCGAGAUCUUCGAGUCCAUGCCGACGCUGUCCUUAGAGAAGAUGAACGUGGUGACCAAGAACGCCAUUAAUAUCUGCACGGCCGUGUACUUCACGCUCGGCCUUUUUGGCUACAUUGCAUUUAAUAAACACGACAUUUCUGGCAACAUCCUGAUGAGUUUAAGCCCGACCAUGGCGAGUGACGUCAUCAAGCUGGGCUUCGUCAUGUCGCUCGCCUUCAGUUUCCCCCUCAUCAUCUUCCCCUGCCGCGCCAGCUUGUACUCUUUCCUCUACAGAAAGGUCCACCCAUCUCAGCACGACCACAUAAUCAACCACUCGAUCCCGGAGCCAACAUUCCGCUGCCUGACCUUGGGCAUCGUGGCCGCCGCGCUGGUGAUCUCACUACUCGUCCCCAACAUCGAGCUGGUGCUGGGGUUGGCCGGUUCCACCAUCGGGGUGCUGGUCUGCGUCGUGUUCCCCGCGGCUUGCUUCCUCAACCUCACCUUUAACAACACCAACGAAAGGGUUCUAGCUAAGGUGGUGCUAGUGCUGGGGUUGGGCAUCAUGGUGCUGGGCACGUGCGCCAACCUGCAGGCGGCCGAGCGCGCGCCCGACACGCGCGGCGCCAUCACGCCGGAGCGCAUCGACAAGAUCGUCGAGGACUUCUUCCACUCCAGGCAGUUGGAACAUGGCGGUAUCGUGGCGCCGAAAAUUGAAAUCGAUAAAGUUUCAAAAGAAGAUGUAAAGCACAGCAAAGAAAAAGUAGCAGACUCGGAAGUACAGCCGCCCAAUCCGGUUCCUCCAGAAUCACAACCUGAUGAGGCGCCGAAGGACCCUCCACGUCCCGAGAUAGCCAGGAAGAAGCCUGCUACUUCAGAGAAACAGCAAGAAGAUACACCUAAACAAGUCAAGCAAGAAACAGAUAAAGUUUCAGCGACACACCCGAAGAACUUAAAAAUAACAGAGGAAAAACGUUCAAACGUUGAAACAAAACAGGAGCAAAAGAUAGAUUCGCAAUUGAAAGAAGAAAUAAAACAAAUGAGCAAUCAACAGAAAAUUGAUCUUCUCAAACAAGCGCAGCUAGCCGAGACCAUCAAGCAACAUGGGGAAGAACAGAAAGAGCUAAUCAAAGAGCAGAAAGAAAUUCUAGAUAGUAUUAUUAAGACCAAGCAAGAGAUACAGCAAGAUAAAAACGAAGCGAAGAAAAUCGCAGUGGAAAGUAUUCAGAAGAUUGCAAAUGUGGCGAUACAGAGUUUAAGUGCUGUUUCAGAACAACCUUCUGUAGGGAAAAUAGAGCCUGAAAAUACUGCCAAUGAGGCGGUGAAGAAAAUAGCUGAUGUAGCUGUAGAAGCUAUUAAGGAAAUUAAAGACAAACCGAUACAAGUGUUGCCUUUACUUAAUAACGUUCCUGCUCGACUUCCUGAAGUCAAAAUACCGCCAGUACAACAUAGUGUGAAACAAAAUGAACAAAUUGCUCAAAAUCCUGUACAAAAUAUGAAUCCAGUCAAAUCACAAGAUAUAGUUUUGGAAAAUAGUGGAGUAAAGGUAGAUCUGAAUAACAAUAACAUCCUACCUGCAGUACAAAAUUAUAUAGGCAAAAGUAAUAAUGCCAUCGCGGAUAAUAAACCUCAAGAAGUCAAUAAUGUUCCACCGAUAGUUCAAAACUCUGCAGUAGAAGUUAACCCUAAACAAAGUCCUGAAGCACCAGUAGAUCAAAAGACACAUUCACACUCACCAGAUGAACCACAGUCUUACAUACAAGGCGAGGACAUGCAGAAAAUACCGGACGUACAAGCAAAUAUUCUGAACGUACCUUUACCACUUGCAAUUAAUGGAAACAAACUUAAAUCAGCCGAAGUUAAACCGGAGGUUGUGGAUAAACAUAUUGAUGUAGAAAAUGGUGCUAAACAACCAAAUAAUGAUAUAGAAAAUAAUGAAAAAUCAAGACAGAAACGGGAAGCAGUGGAUUGUUUGAAUAAAGCUACAUUAAGGGCUGAAGAUAAAGAAGUAUGUAAGAGUUUAGAUUCACCAGAGAUACUACCAAAUGUUGACUUGAAUGAGCUACCAAAACUGCCUGUAGAUUUAAAUAUGGUACAUCAGAUAAGAUCCCUGAAAAGUUAUGAUGAAGAGAAACGAAGGUAACAAAAGAUACAAGUAUAAUAUAAAAUAUUUCGUGUAACGUUCCUCUUGAAGAGAUAAUUGUCCUUGAUUCUAAACUAGUUUUUCUGAUAAAUAUAUGUGUGCAAUGUGUGAAGUUUAGUCAUAGUAAGUU